GCGUCUCUGGUGUGGUGUGGUGUGGUGUGGUGUGGUGUGGCGUGGCGUGGUAGAAGGUAGUAGAUCGGUCCCGGGCGCUACCAUGGUGUCUGCGCUGAUGGCUUGGGUUUGGAUCUUUCUGACACUAGCCCAGCACAACAACGCAGAAAGCCACCGGUGCGCACGCGGGUGCUGGGCCGGCCAGGACGAGGUUUAUCACGGCAACCAGCAGCAGUUUGUGGCGGCUCCAGCGGACGGGACCGAGCGCAGUUUCCUGGCACCGGUUUGGCACUUUCUCCAAGGAAGUGAAAAAACUCCAGAGACGACAGAUUCCAACCAGCUACUGUAUCGCUGCAGUGAUGGAACACUUUACCUGCGCUUUUCACUCAUCCGAUACUCAAAUCUGCGUCUGGAAAAUGGGGUGCGGUUGAUGUCUCUGCCUGACGGCUGUCACAGCGCCGUUCAUAUUUACAAGUGGUGGCUGCUGGUGAAGCUUCCAUAUACUGGCUGCUACACAGCAACACAGACUGGAGAUGGAAAUGACCUCCGUCCGGUGAAACUGCAUUACUUCGACCAUCUGCUUCAGGAGAACAUGACGGGCAUGGCUGUCUGCGAGGAUCCAGUGAUGUCACCACUGGUGACUUGUAGAGCAACAAAUGUCACUGUGAAGCUGCCUCGUGAAACAAAACUGAAGGUGAAAGGGCUUGAUUUUGAAGGAUACCCAGUGAGACAAUGGGAGACCCCCAAUGCUUUGUUUGUACAGAUAUCAAAGUUACCGGACAAGGAUUCUGGCGUUGAACUGGUUUAUGUUGACUCUACUGGGAAACUGUGCACGAUGUUGGCAGCUUGUUCUCCUACGAUGCCAAAAGUUGGAAGGCAUCAUGUGAGGAGGUCUCUGGAGGAACCAGAUCUAUUCAACCUGUGGGGCUUCCCUGACAUUCCUGAUGACAUAUUUGAUCCAGAAUCAAUACAGACGACAACAACAACACAGACAACGGCCAGUUCACCAGGUGAUGAGGUCACAGCAGCAACAGAGGAAACUUUUGAACCAGAUCUAUUCAACCUGUGGGGCUUCCCUGACAUUCCUGAUGACAUAUUUGAUCCAGAAUCAAUACAGAUGACAACAACACAGACAACGGCCAGUUCAGCAACUGAGGUCACAGCAGCAACAGAGGAAUCUGAAUCAGAGUUUGAGCUGUGGGGAUUUGAAGAAAUUCCUGACGGGCCGUUCAAUGGAGUAGAUGUCGAGAUUCCAGCACCUGUUUCUUCUACAACAACAGCAGCCUCCACUGCUAUUCCAACUACAGCCACAAGGAUGACUGCAAGCACCGGCUCAACAACCACCACUGAAACUUCCUCCACAACGAGCGCCGGCUCAACAACCACAACCGGAGCCUCAACAACAAGCGCUGGCUCAUCAACCACAACUGGAGCCUCCUCGACAACAACUGCUGGCUCAACAACCACAACUGGAGCCUCCUCGACAACAACUGCUGGCUCAACAACCACAACUGGAGCCUCCUCGACAACAACUGCUGGCUCAACAACCACAACUGGAGCCUCCUCGACAACAACUGCUGGCUCAACAACCACAACUGGAGCCUCCUCGACAACAACUGCUGGCUCAACAACCACAACUGGAGCCUCCUCGACAACAACUGCUGGCUCAACAACCACAACUGGAGCCUCCUCGACAACAACUGCUGGCUCAACAACCACAACUGGAGCCUCCUCGACAACAACUGCUGGCUCAACAACCACAACUGGAGCCUCCUCGACAACAACUGCUGGCUCAACAACCACAACUGGAGCGUCCUCUACAACAACUGCUGGCUCAACAACCACCACUGGAGCCUCCUCUACUACAACUGCUGGCUCAACAACCACAACUGGAGCCUCCUCUACAACAACUGCUGGCUCAACAACCACCACUGGAGCCUCCUCUACUACAACUGCUGGCUCAACAACCACCACUGGAGUCUCCUCUACAACAACUGCUGGCUCAACGACCACAACUGGAGCCUCCUCUACAACAACUGCUGGCUCAACGACCACCACUGGAGCCUCCUCAACAACGGGCGCCAGCUCAACGACCACCAACUGAGCCUCCUCCACAAUGGGUGCCAGCUCAACGACCACCACUGUCCGACCCCCCCCCCUUUAAAAAUGACACAGGAUUGUUAAUGUGCAGCUGCAGAAUGGAAGACAAGUAAUGCCCUAAUGUGUGUAUUUAAAAAAUAAAU